AUGGUGGACGUUCGGUCCAAGAACCUCUACGAGCUUCUUGGCAAUGACCCCGAGCUCGACCCUAGCAGACCCCCUGCCCCUCCCGCCCGGGCCGUCGACCGACCCGCUCCCCGCGUUGGCAAGCGUGAUGCCCCCAAGGAGGCUCCUGCUGCCUCUGCUUCCGCCCCUCGCUCAGAGAACAAUGGCCGCCGUGGUGGCCGUGUGAACACUGGCAACGACGCUGCCUUCCGUGACCGCAACGCCGGCCGCACCAACAACCGCUCCAAGCCCACUGAGGAGGGUGAGCAGCCUUCUCGCCCUCGUGGCAACCGUGGUCCCCGCGGUGACCGCCAGUCCCGCACUGGUCAGACCGACACUCGCAAGCAGGUCCAGCAGGGCUGGGGCGGCGAGUCCGGCGAGAAGACCCUCGACGAUGAGCGCGUUGGCGAGAACAUCGCCAAGGAGGACGAGAAGGAGCCCCAGACCCCCGUCGAGGAGGCUGAGGAGGCCGACAAGUCCAAGUCUUACACCGACUACCUGGCCGAGAAGGCCGCUCGUGACAGCCUUGCUGCUAAGCCCGUCCGUGCCGCCAACGAGGGCACCAAGGAGGACAAGAAGUGGGCCGCCGCUACCGCUCUGAAGCGUGUUGAUGAGCAGGAGAGCUACAUGGCUCCUACCUCCGAGAAGACUCAGCGCCAGAAGCAGCGCAAGGAGAAGAACGUCCUUGACGUCGACAUCCUCGCUCCGGUCCUUCCUCCGGACCCCGCGGUGGCCGUGGUGGCGACCGUGCCCCCCCGUGGUGACCGUGCUCCUCGCGGUGACCGUGCUCCCCGUGGUGACCGUCCCGCUCGUGGUGGUCCCCGUGGUGGUGCUCCCCGCGGUGCCCCCGCUGCCCGUGGUGCUCCUCGCGCCGCCGCCGCCGGUCCUACCGUCGAUGAGAAGAACUUCCCCAGCCUGGGCGGCAACUAA